CAAACCUCCAGCGCGCGUCAAACAAAGCGUGCGCAUUUCAAACUUUCAGUUUAAACACCUUCAUUUGACUAAAGGGAAACUUUAUGCCGUAGGCCUACUUAACCAUGAGCAUAUCAAAGUCCAAAAUUAGGAAGCUAUUUAGGAAGUCAAAGAGUUUAGGUAAGGAAACCAGGGAUGAUGACAGGACUGAGGGUCAGUGGGGAACCUCACCCGAAGACGACCGCGCUAGUUUCAGAGGUUCGUCUAUGACUUUACCGUCGAGUCCUGUAGAUAUCACCUCAUGCCCGGACUCACUGCCCACCAGCCCCAUCGAGAAGAAGAAGAAACGUUUCCCGACCUGGAGGUCCAAAACGAGAAAUAAAGAUAAAGAGUUUCUCUGCAGUUCCGGAGAACUGGACCAUAUGUUCAACGACAGGAGUUUUGAUCAGAUGAGCAUCCAAACAGCAGACUAUUCGAUGACCGACACCUGCCCCACCCCUGUCCGCUCUCGGGCUAAUUCCUUGAUAAGCCUGGACCUCAUCUCCCUUUCAGAUCCAUCUUCUCCCACUCGCAAACACAGGAAGAGUUCUGAGGAGAAGAGUGGAGUUUUGAAUCGUAUUGGAAGUUUUUUCACUCGGAAGAAAAAAACCAGGACCACAUCAGAUGACAGGGAUGAAAGUUUGUCGCCAGUGGCAAACAGCCCAACCAAGUACUCAGGAUCAGACGAACUGAGACAGACUCAACACAGAGAGAUUGAUGAUAAUUCAGACUUUGGUCCAGAGAACAGAAGCCCCAGUGUGUGUAGCGUAGCUUCCAUCGUCGCAUGUGGAGGAGACUUGCCUUUUGCCGACAGUGGCAGUAGUGGACGAGGGAGCGUAAAAGAGGUGGAAGUGGUCAAAGUGAGCAGGGUCGAGACCUCCUGUGACACGAAGACCGAGCAUCUGGUGCAGGAAGUGAACAGGAAGCUCAAGGUAUACCUAGAGGUGACAACAGACACAACAAAAAAGAAAUGUGCAGACGUCCCUGUACACACUCCUGACACGCCAAAGUAUUCCAGGGCCUCAGGGGGGACUGAGAGUAAAAAAACAGUUUUGAAACCCACCAUCACAGGAGGUGGGAAUUACACGGCGCUGGUCGGGGUGACGCUGGGAUCACAUUCUAGAAACUCACCAUCCUCUGACAUUCAGCCUGGAGAACAGACGGUAACUGAAAGCAUGGGGAAGAAACGAAAAUCACGCAAACUAAGUAAUCAAGAAGGCAAUAAUGAGCUUCUCACCCCAACAAACACUACUUCCCCUGAGGCAGAGGAGAGGUCAGCUCAGUCUUGUCCCUCACCUGGUCAAGUACACAGAGCUGUGUGGGCGGAAACUCACCUUACAGAGGAGGAGAGUGAGAGCUCCAUUACUGACUCACUUUCUCCUGCAGAACCUGCUCUGGCCAGCCCAACUGAGAGUUACUCUAUCCUCGGUGCAGUUGCCAGCAACACUCCUGGUCUUUCUUCAGGCAACUUCACCUUACAAGACAGCACUAAACCACCAGACGAGGAAGCUCGAGAGAGACUUAUUCCUAAACCCCUACAUGCUGACAGCAAUGAAGAGAAACGCAGAAGCUUGAAACUGUCAAAGAGUGAAAAAGUCUUUGCUAAAAGACUGUUAGUUGGUUCUCAAUCAAGCCUAGACGGGGAAGAACAAACUGAAAGUGAGAAUAACUUGGAUAUAACGCAGAAUGUACAGCAGGCUAGGGUGAAAAUAUUACCAAACCCCAAAAGUGAGAAUGUCAAGCAGUCCAACCAACAGACAAAUGAGUCGGUAGAAGAUUGUGCUGUUUUCAUUCAAGAGCAGCCUCUCGAUGAGGAUGUAGAGAGCCACUUUGAACUUUCAACAGAGAAUAGAGACGCUACUGAUUUCCCAGAAAUGCCAAUUCAUAAAAUAACAAUUAAUAGUGCGAUGAGCAGUCAUCAAAACUCAUCUGUGCCAUCCAAGCGUACAGACAGAGCUGCAAGUGGAACAAAUGGGGGAAUUAAAGUGAAGAGCCCUCCACCACAAGUUGCCCCUAAAACAAAAGCUGUAAUGUCUCGCAUUAAAAGCCUCUCUGAGGCAUCAACGAUGGAAAUGCCUCCAGUACGGAGAUUUUCGCAGAAGCAGACAGACCAAAAAGAGAUCAGAUCUCCAACAGAAAAAGACCAAUCUGUUACACUUAGUAAACCAAUUGACACUAAGACCAGAAUUCCUAAGAAAACUGGACCUGAGGUUCAAACAAAACCAAAAAAAGUGGUGGAGGUUGUCACAGUGUAUAGUGUGUCUACCGAAGCUGAAAGACAGAUGUCCACCAAACGUCAGAAUGGGGCAGGAUUAAUAAGCCCAGAGCAGAAAAUGUCACAGACAAAGAGCGUGGAAGAGAGGGAUGUGGUCGAUGCCUCACUAAUGACAAAAACUUCUGAACCCACUAAUGAACAGGUCACUCUUUCAAAGCCUAAAAGAGAAAGAAGUCUAAAAAAAUCAUUUUCUGCUUCUGAUGAUAAAUCCCCAUCCUCCCCAUCUUCACUGGAGAAUUCUAAUUCAACAAAGGUUAACAUUGAUUUCAAAGCAUGUAAAGAUAUCCAUAACAGAAGUCCAACAUCAAAGAGUAGCUUUCAUUAUUCAAAGAGUAAAGUCAAAUCAGGUGACACUGGCAACAAAACGCAGGUAAAACUGUCUUCCUCAGCGCCUGGCAUUGACCAAUUAGAGCAGAACAUAGAAAAGGAGAAGUCAGCGAACGAAACCCAGCUAAGCGGGCCAAAGAGUCCAAGAAAAGUCAUGACUGAUGUGUCACCAACAGGAAGGAGGCUGCCUCGAAUGACAACAACGAGCCCGCUUAAACAGCCCUCAGAUGAAGAAGUUGCCCACGGAGAGAGUGAGUCAUAUGAACCCACUUCUCUGCCACUUACCAAGCCAGAGAGAAAUGAGUCAUCACUGGUUAUCGGUCCUGAAAGUAAUGGAAAAUCUUCCAAAUGUCUUCAAGCCACUGGGAAUGCUGCAGCCAGGGUAUCACCAGAGCUCAAAUUGAAAAGCCCUGUUAAGGACAUGGGUGAUUUACAGUCAGCAACACCACGUCUCAAAAGUCCCACUAAACUUAAACCCAAGAAAGAUUUUAGGAAGGCAGAGGCAACUGCAGUUUCAGAUUCAAAAAUAGCCAAAUGUGAGAAGAUGGUGACAAAUUUGUCUGUCACACCCACCGCUGCUCUGAAAUCUGACACAGUUAAAAUUAUUUGUACACAAUCAAAAGCCAUUUCGGAAACGGAGAGUGAAAAUUGUGAUACUGCUGAGACCAAAGUCACGCCAGAUGUGUCACUUUCAGUAAAUGAUUGUCAAACCAAUCGACAGACAGAAUCAAAUCUAACAAUUUUAUCAGACCCACAUGUGGAAGUUGCAUUAGAUAAACAGUCAGAUGUUGCCAAAGAAAAGGAUAUUGAUAGGUUUGGGGAAAAGACAUGUGCUUUUGCUACGGCAGAUGAAAUUUCCACAAUAUCCAAGACGGCUAAACAGUCAAAAGCCUCUUAUGAAACAAAUGGUAAAAAAUCUGGUGCCACUGAUACUAAAGUCACAUUGGAUUUGCCACUUUCAGAAAAGAAUGAUUCACACUUCGAAAAACACCAGACAGAGUCAAAUCUUCCGAUUUCAUCACACCCACAUGUUCACGAUGUAACAGAUAAGCAAUCAGUCAAAGAUAAGCCGCUUACUGGGUUCAAGAAAGAGAAGUAUGGCCUUAUCAAGGAAAAUGAUAUUUCAUCAAUACCUGAGAUGGGCCAUUAUACAGCCAUUGAUCUGAGUAUUCAAGAUAUUUCUAAACAAUCAGAAACCACUUCUGAAAGAAAGGGUGAAAAAUCUGGUGCUGCAGAAACCAAAGUCAAACUAGAUGUUUCGCAUGUCCAAAUUAUGCCAGAUCUGCAGUCGGAUGUUGUCAAAGAGAAGUUUCUUGGAUUCAAAGAAGAGAAAUGUGCCCUUACUAAAACAGAUGAACUUUCCACAAUACCCAAGGCAGCUAAACAAUCAAGAGCUUCCUCUGAAAUGAAAGAGGAAAAAUCUGGUGCUGCUGAAACCAAAGUCAAACUGGAAGUGUCGCUUUCAGAACACAACAAAAUGCAAACCAUAAAACUUCAGACUGAAACAAAUCUACCAGAUUCAUCAGAGUCACAUGUCCAGAUUAUGCCAGAUAUGCAGUCGGAUGUUGUCAAAGAGAAGUUUCUUGGAUUCAAAGAAGAGACAUGUGCUCUUACUAAGACAGAUGAAAUUUCCACAAAACCCAAGACAGCUGAACAAUCAAAAGCUUCUUCUGAAGUAAAGGAUGAAAAAUCUGGUGCUGCUGAAACCAAAGACAAAAUGGAAGUGUCAUUUUCAGAAGACAACAAUUUGCAAACCAUAAAAAGCCAGUCUGAAUCAAAUCUACCAGAUUCAUCAGAGUCGCAUGUCCAGAUUAUGCCAGAUAUGCAGUCUGAUGUUGUCAAAAAAGAGAAGUUUCUUGGAUUCAAAGAAGAGACAUGUGCCCUUACUAAGACAGAUGAACUUUCCAAAAAACCCAAGACAGCUGAACAAUCAAAAGCAUCUUCUGAAGUAAAGGAUGAAAAAUCUGGUGCUGCUGAAACCAAAGACAAACUAGAUGUGUCGCAUUCAGAAAACAAUUUACAAUUCAUAAAACGACCAACAGAAUCCAAUUUACCAGUUUCAACAGAAUCACAUGUGCAAGUUGCAUCUGAUGAGCUGCCAGAUGUUGUCAAAGAGAAGUCUCUUGGGUUUGAGAAAGAGCCAACCAGUAAUCUGAGUUCUCAAGGUAUGGAGAAUUCUUGCCCUUCUCAAGAACAAAUCACUCCAGUGAUUUCAGAGAAUUUAUCAAAGAUCGUCCAGAAGAUGGAGACCAAAGAGCACAGUGUGAAAAAUGCUCCAAAUUCAGAUUUGAAACGACCAAAAACAACUAUACAGCUAGAAGAAAAUGUUAAAAAUAAAGAAGAAAGUUGUAAAGAGAAGCAACUGGUUCAGUCUGAAGACUCAAGUAAAACAAACCCAGAAUGUGUCAAACAGAAUGAAUCCAAUACGUCAAAGCAAGUUGAUGAGACGGCAGUAGUAGUGUCCACAGCUCCAGAGGCUGUUUCUAAACAAGAACCUGUUCAAAAAGGUGAUCAGUCUUUAGAGCAACAAUUUCCAUCAGUUAAAAAAAUAUCAGAUAAACAGACUCUCAAAGUGGACAGGAAGAGUGAAAAUCGAAUUAAAAAUACAGAGUCUAACCUGAAAGUCAAGGAUUUUACAAAGAUACCAAAAGAUACCAACAAACUACCACCUAUUAACUUGCAAAAGGUGAAACUACCAUCCGACCAAAGCGUUCAACAAUUUACAUCUCAGAAUCUUCCUUUGGACCCCAAAAACCUCUCACAAAUUAGCAAGGCACCAUCUAGUUGGUUAGACGUGGACCAAAGUUUUGAGAAAAAGAAAACCGAGAGACGUUUGGAUUGUUCUGCAAGUGAUGACAAUCAGCUUGACACUUCGGGUGACUUUGAUGAUUUCAUUCGUAACAUUAAAGAGAACUGCUCCCCUUUCUCUUUGCCUCCACGAAAACAUGGGCAGAACAAGAUGCCUUCGCCACCCUUUGCCAUGCCGGCCAUUAAAGAAGAUCACUUUGAAAAGAUUCUUGACCCAGAACAGUUCCAGUUUGGGACAAGAAAAACUGCAGGACCAAAAGACCCCUCUCCAGCCAUGAUUAUUAAGAAGAGCAAUAAAGGGGCAAAAACCAACUCAUUGCCCAAACGUGCUGAGGAAAGGCUGCUUUACAAAGGUCUUUCAUCUAGACGGGAACAAGACAAAACUAAAAAGCUCACAGUUACUGAUGAGAAAAAUGAUGGAGAAAAACAAAUCGCAGAAGGCUCUGGAAAAAUGUCUUCAAGAUUGGAAAGAAUGUCAAUAAUUUCGAAUCUCGUGAACCACUCAAACACAUCAAGAAAAGCCAGAACUGAACCAAGCUCUCUCAUUAAUGGCAUUCAGUCCCCCAUAACGCCAUCACCAGAGGUGGUGCCAACCUCAGGAGAGCAGAAGGGUAUACCACUGUCCCAUGCUGUCACAGCUCCAAAAGAGGGGCUUGGUGGGCUUUGCCAGAUCAUGGCAAUAAAGGGUGAACCUGGUGAUUCAAUAAAGGGCCCAUUGACACCUCCUCCUCUUCCAACUUUCUCAGAAGUCAAACUGCCUGACGUAUUGGAGAAAUACAUGAAUAAAGGCAAAGAAUCCAACUCAAUUAACCAGCAAAAGCCUGACACUAGCUCUCUCCCUACAUUGGAUAUUGGUCUCACCUCCAACACAUUUAAUUCAAACAUUGGACUGCAAGGUAUAUCAGGAUUAACAUCUCCAUCCAACAGCACUCAGCAGAUUCCACUACUCACACCCACCAGCCUCUCACCAACAUAUGUAGAGACAUCAGGUGUCAGAGGCUUCCACAGACGCCCAGGAAAGAUUGUUAUAUACCAACAACCUCAUUCUGGAGGAGAGGCAUACGAGGUGUUCAGAGACGUAGAGGAUGCCACCUCUCUGACACUUUCUCCACUCAUCUCUGUAAAGGUCGUCAGAGGAUGCUGGUUGCUGUAUGAAAAGCCAGGCUUCCAGGGCCGAUCCAUCGCACUGGAGGAGGGGUCAGUUGACUUAGCAAAUGAGUGGGCGGAGACAGAGCCCAGUGGGGAGAUGGGAACAAACAGCCUGCCACUCCCAACUACACCCAUGGUCAUUGGCUCCAUUAGACUUGCAUUGAGGGACUACAGCACACCAAAAAUAGACCUGUUCACAGAGCUGAAUGGGAUGGGCCGAAUGUCUUCAUUCUGUGAUGACACCAUAGAAACCUGUUCAUUUGGUAUUCCUCAGAGUACUGGGUCCAUUAAGGUCCACUGUGGGGUAUGGCUGGUCUUUAGUGACCCAGGUUUCCAGGGUCUUUUGGCUGUUUUGGAGGAAGGUGUAUAUCCCUGCCCUCAGGACUGGGGUUUUCCCACCCCAUUUGUCGGAUCACUGCGGCCCUUGAAAAUGGGUGAAAUUAAGGUGGAAAAUCCCAAUGAAGUUAAGGCAGUACUCUUUGAAAAUCCAAUGUUCCAAGGGGAGUACAUAGAGAUGGAAAGGGACAUUUAUGACUUUGAUGAAGGAGAGGAAGAGGAGAAGAAAAAUGAAGAAGAGGAGACUGAGAGUCCUGACAACACCAGGAGAAAGAGACUCCGUUUUGUCGGUUCGUUGAAGAUCCUGAGUGGCCUCUGGGUAGGGUACUCUGCUCCAGGAUUCGAGGGUCGCCAGUAUCUUCUGGAGGAAGGAGAGUAUGCAGACUUCACUGACUGGGGUGGACUGGAAGACAGGCUCCAAUCUAUACGUCCUGUGUUAGCAGAUUUCAUCACUCCUCACAUAAGAAUGUUCAGUGAGCGUGAUUUCACUGAGAGAGGGAUGAACGUGGACCUGCUGGAACCUGUCAUCAACAUGGAAGCCACUGGCUUUGGCAUAAAGACGCAAUCAGUGGAAGUCCUCUCUGGAGUGUGGAUAGCAUUCGAGAAGGAACACUUCUCUGGCGAGCUGUAUGUUUUAGAGAAGGGUCUCUAUGGCAGUCCAGAUGAUUGGGGAGCACACAACUUCAAGAUCUUGUCUCUUCAGCCUGUGGUUUUGGAUCAGGCUGAAGGACUGUCUAGAUAUAAGAUGCAGUUGUUCUCUGAGCUGGGGUUCCAGGGAACUGUACAGGCCUUAGAUGAAAGUGUGGCAUUCCUGACAGAGGGCUUCCAGCCCAUGUCCUGCAAAGUUUUGGCUGGGAGCUGGGUGGUGUUCGACGGCCCACAGUUCACUGAGAAUAUGUAUGUUCUGGAGGAAGGAGAAUACCCCAAUCCUGAGGCUAUGGGCUUACUCAACUCAGAUUGCAAAAUCAGCUCUGUCCAUAGUGUAGGACAUGAGUUUUCUAUACCCUCAAUCACACUCUUCUGUAAAUCCAGCUUCAGAGGGCGUAAAAUAGUUCUGACAGACGGCGUUUUGAACCUUUCUCUGGAUGGAAUUGAUGGGCGGGUCAGCUCUCUAUUGGUCAAUGGAGGAAUCUGGGUGUUGUAUGAAUACAGCAAUUUCCGUGGUCGUCAGGUCCUGCUCCAUCCCAGCGAGAUCGGUGAUUGGCAGAAGUUCAGUGGCUGGGGGCAGAUUGGCUCUCUUCGCCCAUUACUACAGAAACGUGUUUAUUUCCGGCUGCGUUGUGCAGAGACCGGGUGCUUGAUGUCUCUGUCUGGACCACUGGAUGAUAUAAAGCUGCUCCGGGUUCAAGUGCUGGAGGAAUCUGGUGGUCCAGAGCAGAUGUGGGUCUAUGAGAACGGACUACUGCGCUGCAAGAUGGUAGAGGACUGUUGUGUGGAGACGUCUGGUGGUGUGGUGAUGGCAGGUUGCAGGUUGAAUGUCUCACCUGAACCAGGCAAAGACAAUCAGUUCUGGAGCAUCACGGGAGACGGAAUUAUACGCAACAACCUCAAGCCCGACCUUGUGCUGGAGGUCAAAGGUGGCCAACAGUAUGAUAAAAACCAGGUAAUUCUUAACACCUUUGAUGAGCAGAAAAACAACCAGAGAUGGACAGUGGAAAUCCUUUAGUGCUUGAGUCACAACAGAGAUCUGAGGCUGUUCUGAGUCUUCAAGAUGAUGGGAAUCUAAACCUCCAAAAAUUACUCUGACUCUGUUAGUCUCUCUCACUGAUGGAUUGUUAUCCCAAGAUAAGAAUAUUUGGGGGGACUGAAUCUCUUAAAAUCAUCCGUCUACAUUACAGUUUCUAAAUGAGUGAUGUGUCUUUGAACAUUCAACAGAAGUUCAUUGACUACAUCAAGGACAUUAAAAAGAAUUGCCAGAGUUUCCCUGGAUGCGUCUCAAUCAGCUCCCUAGUUCAGUAUUCAGGGCACUGAUCAGGGAGUCAGCCAUUUUAAAAGCAGUCUCAAAUCGCAAAAUCCUCCCUAAAAACAUUCGCUCCAUAUUACCUAAAACGUCCCACGAUGCAUCAUGAAAACCAGGGAGCAUCGACGCUCACUAACAGAAGUUCUGAAGUGCAAAACAUAAAUCAUCAGCCAACUCACUACACACAACGACACAAGAUAUAUGUUUUUUUUAAACAUGCAAACCAUUAUUUAAUUAUAUUUCAGCAUAAACUACGUCAAUAGUCAGUUAAUGAACAUAAUUUAACUAAUGUUUGUAAUUAAAGGCUGAAAUUGUGCACCUAUGUGUAACAAGCAAAUAAUUUAUAAGAAUGUACUUUAAAUAACACUAAAAAAAGAUAUCAGAUUAAGAUAUCAGUUCUGCUGUUGUUCAUAAACACCAGUAGUGAUGUUGUACAAUGUCGCAGGCAAUAGUCAUUAAUGUCCCAAUGUGUAGUGAGCCUGGGGUCCUUACUCGACUCUUUACCAGUGCCCGAAUUUAUGCACACAAUACUGAUUCAUGAUCCUGUAAACUAGGGAACUGAAUGAGACGCACCCACUUCGUGCUAGUAUGAUCCAGAAACACAAAUAACUGACCUGCUUGCAAUGCAAAGAUAUUACCAAAAGGGGGUGCAAUAGCAUUAAGAUUUGUAUGUAGCUGCACUUUAGAUGGCCUUGUUCAUUUUUUAGUAUUUGUAAAGAAUCAAGGUUUGGCUAGUUAGUUUGAUGCAGUUUACCCCUUGCUUAAUGGGGCAAAAAGCUUCCUCCAAUUCUUGAGUUGCUGUGUAUUCUGACUAAAUUAUUUUUUGUAAGAAUUACAUAAAUCGUAAAGAUUUCAUUAUAGUAUAGUAGAUAUUUUACUAGUGCCUUAUUUUUUGAGUGCUCUUAAACAGACUAUUUUUUAACAUCUCAACUUUCUCGUCUCAUCUCAGGAUGGUCACUUGUAAAGUGCUUGUGCAUUUUCAUGUGCUAUCAGUCAAUCGGCAGUCAUGAUAUCAUUUUCUUGUGGCUACAGAGUGAUUAAUCACAUUUAUUGGUUCAAAACAACCUGAGAACUAAGGUCUUCAUGAGUAAAUUUAGCACAUUUUAAAUGACAAACUUUUAAGGGCUCCUGCACCAGAUAAGCCACUUCUGUUGAAAGGAAUCAGAAGACAAAUAGAUAGUUUUCUCCAGGUAUUACAAACUUCACUGAAUGUAAGGCAACGUUAUAUGCCAUACAAAGUCACUGAAUGUUUAUUAAACACUAUUUUACUGUUGCUGUACAGUGUUUAACAUGUGAGACUAUUCUGAUAAAUCAGUACAAAAAAAACACCAUUGCACAUAUUAGAAAAUAUAACAUUUCCUUCUAUUCGUGCUGAUCUGGCAUCAGUUCAAUCCUGUUCACAUACUCUCAUUUAUUGGAAAGGCAGAGUAUUUUCUGUCUCCAUUUUCUUUUAUAAAGUUUUUUGAUAGUUGGUUUUGUGUGUUUGUACAUUUUCUAUAUGUCUAUGUUCAGUCUUCUGUUUUAGUAUUUUUAUGUUCGUGAUUUCCAAAAUAUACUGUUACAUAUAGAAUAAAACGUUUGUAUUGUU